CCCAUGAAAAUAAAGAGACAAAAAAAUUCUAAAAAAAUUGUAAAGUUUUAUAAGCGUAGUUACAACUUUAAGGAACCUUUUCAAGUCUUGUUAGAUGGGACCUUUUGCCAGGCAGCUUUAACAAAUCAGAUAAAUAUCAAAGAACAACUUCCUAAAUAUUUAAAUGGCCAAAUUACGUUUUAUACUACCUCUUGUAUAUUACAUGAAUUAAACAAUCUAGGUAAACCUGUUUAUGGAGCGUUUCAUAUUGCCAAGCAAUAUAAAAUUAAAACAUGUGAUCAUGUAGACAAAUCAAUAGCAGCUAAUAAAUGCUUGUUAAGUAUGGUUAAAAAAGGAAAUCCAUCUCAUUAUUGGAUUGCUUCUCAAGAUCCUGAAAUUACCUCAAAAUUAUCCACUUAUAUUUCUGUACCCCUACUUUAUAUAAGUUAUAAAGCCAUUCAUUUGACCAAACCUAAUGAUUUAACUCAUAAAACUGCUGACAACUUAAUUUCACAGUCAUUACUCAAUCCAUCUUCAUUAUCUAAAAAUGUUAUUAAAGAAUUGUCUGCUCUUGAUAAAUCCCCAAAAGAAACAUCUGCUAAAAAACAAUCAAAGAAAAAUAAAUAUAAAUUAUCGUGAUAUAUUAUUUGCUUCAAAUAAGUAAUAAAUUUAUCAGGCAUAUAUUUUUGUAUAAAUUCUACAUAUGUGAUAAAUUUUAUUAGUCAUGCGUUGUAUAUUUUUUUAAUAAAAUUUGAUCUGACUAAAAUGGAGUACAGUUAUCUAAAUUGUGGGGAGGGGCAGUAGCAUUUACCAUUGGAAGGCAGGAUUGCUAGUAAAAUUCUUAGGUAUGUAGAAGAUGCAGGACUGUGUCAGUAAAAUUCUUGGAGGAAAAUCUGAUUUUUUGGAUUAUUGAACGAACCCCCUUUAUACUUUUGAGGAGAGGGGGUAAUUUUGAUAUUUUUAAAUAUUUGUUACUAGUUUAUUCAUUAGGAAACCCAAAGUAAACUAAACCAUCGUAAUAAAUUAAUAAAAUAUUAUUUAUACAUAUUAUAUAUAAAAAUAG